AUGCAGGCAUCCGGACUUCAAUUUCCGCCGUUCGAGCUGGUCGCAAGGUCGACAUUAAAAGUGCCCAAGAAGAUCUUCUUCAAAAAAUUUGAACUAGGAUUUGAUGCUCUUCGGAAAUACGCCAUUGAUCUGACUGAGAUGGCCAGAGAAAAUCUGGUGGACCCGAAUUUUGUGCCGCCGUACCAAGAACAACCCAGUCCUCUCGGUGAGCCUGGUGUUGGAAAGACAGCGAUUGCCAAAGGCGAUGUUAAACAGAGAUGUACCUGCAUUCUUGAUUGUACGACUAUUUGCUCUAGACCUGGGUACUAUUCAAGCCGGCACAAGCUACAAGGGCCAGUCUCGGCGCGCGAGCUCAUUGGCUCUCUGAGCGCAUACACGCCCUUGCUGACCGCGAAUGCUAUUCUAUUCUAUCAUGCAGUUCCUCCACGAGAACAUUCAACAAGCUUAAAGUUGCACAUUUUACCGGCUGAACAGUGCCAUUUGAAAAUCUCCCUUCAAGAGCUUCCAGAAGACAAGACCAAGCCUCUGUGCCACCCCAAGUUCUGUGAACUCUCCCUUGCAAGACUCAAACGCGUGUACUAA